AGAACGCUGGGGGAGUGAGGCCGGUGGCGGGGUUUGAACAUGGCGUCGUUGGGCGCGUUGCUGGGCAGAGUUGCGGGCGGGAGCCCUUUUGCUGCCUGGCAGGGUCUUGCAAAAUACAAAGUGGAACCAAUCACCUGGAGGGUGUGGAUCAGGCAGAAAUUUACAAGGUCAAGAAUUCCCGAAUCGGUAUUUCAGCCGCGGCCUGGUGAUCAUGAAAAAUAUGGGGGUGAUCCACAGCAGCCCCAUAAACUGCACCUUGUGACCAGAGUCAGAAGUGGAAGAAGGCGUCCUUAUUGGGAAAAAGAGAUAAUCAAAUUUCUUGGAUUGGAAAAAAGAUAUGAGCUAAGAGUGCAUAAAAACAUCCCUUCUGUGAAUGAAAAACUGAAAGUGAUUAAACAUCUAAUAAGCAUAAAACCAUUAAAGCUGCCCUACGGAAUUCCAUCUGAAGAAGAAAUGUCUGAUACCUAUAUUAACAGUGCAGGUGAACUAAUAAUUCGCCGUCGUCUAAAAGAACCGGAACAGAAAAAGAUUGAUGCUUUGUAAUUUGUGCCAUGUUGUACAAUAAAUG